ACGCACAUGUCGAGGUGAAAGUGCAAGCUGCCAUUUUUUCGAAGGAAUCUUCCUGACUAGUUAGACAAGCAAAGACAAACUGGGAGUUUCACCGUCACUCUGUAGCGGCUUUGUUUCAUCUGUAGGAGUACUGAAGACAUCCUGCACGAACAACAGAGAGGCUUUGUUGAUUUAAACUCGGGUUAAAGCGCGGGCUUAGCUCGGGGCUGCACUGGUCUGCAGAUGGCAGCUUAGCUCGGCUAGCUAACGUUAGCUGUGUCUGUAAACAAACACUGCAGUCUGUGAGGAAACAGCCGCUGAGAAACGAGCCCACACCUCGCAGGUCGGAGCUCAGUCGCUUUAGAGCGGGUCGGGGUCAGUCGGGUUCACGGGGGAGACACACACCUACACCGGCAUGUCGUCCUUCUCUGAGUCGGCCCUGGAGAAGAAGCUGACGGAGCUGAGCAGCUCGCAGCAGAGCGUCCAGACUCUGUCUCUGUGGAUCAUCCACCACCGCAAACACUCGGGACUCAUCGUCAAAGUGUGGCACAGAGAGCUGAAAAAGGGUGAGAGCUCUAAAUGCAACAGGAAGCUGACGUUCCUGUAUCUGGCCAACGAUGUCAUCCAGAACAGCAAGAAGAAAGGACCAGAGUUCACCAAAGACUUUGAGACUGUCCUCGUUGAUGCCUGCUCACAUGUUGCCCGUGAAGCAGAUGAGAAUUGUAAAAAGCACAUGGAGAGACUGCUGAACAUCUGGAAGGAGAGGAGCCUCUACAGAGGCGACUUCAUUCAGCAGUUAAAACUGGCCAUAGAAGACUCAAACAGCCCCAGGCCUUCAGAAGAGAAGAAGGCUGUGAAACGAACCUAUCAGAAGAUCCAGGAAGAGGAAGACGAUGAAGAUGACGACUACAGAAGCCACAACUCCCCUCACAACACAGACAUCACGGCAACUCAACUGACAGAGGAGCUGGUGAAGGCCCUGCAGGAUCUGGAGAACGCUGCAUCAGGCGACGCAGCUGUUCGUCAGAAGAUCGCCUCGCUGCCGCAGGAAGUCCAGGACGUUUCCCUGCUGGAGAAAAUCACUGACAAGGAUGCAGCAGACAAGCUGUCUAAGACAGUGGAUGAAGCCUGUUUGCUGCUGGCGGAGUACAACGGCCGGCUGGCUGCAGAGCUGGAGGACCGGAGGCAGCUGGCUCGCAUGCUCACUGAAUACAUCGGCAGCCAGAGGGAGGCGCUCAUGGAGAGAGAGAAGAAACUAGAGGAGUAUAAGCAGAAACUGGCGCGGGUGACCCAGGUUAGAAAAGAGCUAAAGUCCCACAUCCAGAGUCUCCCUGACCUCUCCCUCCUGCCCAAUGUGACCGGCGGUCUGGCCCCGCUCCCCUCGGCCGGAGACCUCUUUUCCACCGACUGAAGGUCUUUGCCCAGACAAACUGCCCCCCUGCCCCUCCCCACCCAAACCCGGCUCCACAUUUGAUUCACAAAAAACUUCUAGCUGUUUCUCCAGCCAGAGGACACGUGUGGUCAAACCUGCAGGACAAGAAGGGAGGAAGGGAGAUCAGAAGGAAGGUUUGGUGAAAUGAAAACGCUCUGCAGAGGAGAACAGAGACUCUGUUAGCCUGGAUUUUUCCAGCGCUUUUGCUCGACCGACAAGGAUUCCACUUCACCAGCUUGGAAAGUUUGUUUCCGGUUUGUUUUUAUUAUUUUUUUAACGCUGGAAAAUGUCAGUGAUCUAGGAGGAGGGGUUGGGGUAAAGACGCAAAGCUUAGACAGACAUAAAUGUUGGUUGUCAGGACGUGUCGAUCAAAGUGUCUUUCUGUGUGGUAUAUUUUUGGCUUCUGCAAGCAAAAGAUGGCCGUUUGCUCUCAAAAUGCUCAGAGGUUGUGACUACACUGUGAAGAGGAUGUACCAGUCAUUAGUUUUAUUUUUUGGCUUUCAGUUGGGGGCUUUUUAUUGACACAUAGUCUGAUAGGUGGUUUUGAUGUGUGUGUGUGUACAAUUCUAGAAGAUAUCGGAUUGGGUUCGGUGUACGUUGCUGAGUUCAGUAACACUACCUAGAGACGGAAAUUUAAUAGGUUUUGUGGGACAGUCAUCGUUUAAAGUCAGUAGACAAGCUCUGGUUUUCAUGUCCCGUUUGCAAGUGUUUUUUGUUUUUUUCAUUUACAGACUAACUUUUUGCAACUCAACGCGCUCGUUUGUUUUCUCACUUUAAUUUGGACAGAUGCUUGAAAUAUGAUAAGGCUAAUUAUGUUCAGAAGUUUGUACUAGACAAGUUGUGAGUUUUACAAAACAAAUCCUGGAAGUUUUCAAAUAAACCUCUUUCUAAACAUCUUUAGUUGUAUGAGAAAAAAUGUAUGAAACCCCAAAACUAAAAAAUACAAUAUUUUCCUUGGAGGCAAAAAAAAAGGCAAGAAAAACGAAAGAAAAGUUUUAAGUUUUAGUGAACGUAGAGCUGGGCAAUAUGGAAAUAAAGAAAUAUCAAGUAGAUUAGAGAAAUACCCUUUUUCUGAUGUUAUGUAUAAAGAAUAAAUACAGGCUGUAAUGUGAAAUGUAAGCUAAAAUUUCAAGUAUUAAAGAAAAUUGUGUUCAGUGAUUCAUAAUAUUAAAUUCCCAUUGAAAUUAUGUAUGAUAUUUUGUGCAUAUUGCUCAGUCCUACCAGUGUGUAGAUGUCCAGUGAUGAAAUAUUUUACGAAAAAGUAGCAGCAACAGAUUCACCUCUGCUGUCCCUUUCUCAGGUUUCUUUUUUUAAGUGAGGUUACACAUUACAAAUCCCUUAAUUGAGAUAUUAAGGCCAGGAAGUGCGAGUUAUUCCCAAAAUCACAAAAGUUGUCAUGAUUUUUUGAACAGAACAAUGUGUAUCAUUUGUUUAGCUCCUAUUUGAUUUUAAGUUGUCUGUAUACAGAAAGAGGAACUGAUUUGAGAAGUUUUAUGAUAAAAGGUCAGAGAUGUUUACUUGGAGAGCAGAGAGAACAGUUGCUGUAAAUUCCCUACUGAUUCAACAAGCUUGGGCCAAGAAAUGCUGCUGCAAAUCCCCUUUUCAGUAAACUUUCAGAUUGAUUGGCGUCUCCUGACAAAGUCUUUCAAACAGCAGGUAAAAUGUGAAUCUCAGCAGUGUUUGUCAAACCAAAGGUGUGGAUGUAAUCAUUAUAACAACAGAUAUCUGGACCGGUUUCUGGUGCGUUUAAAUGUCCCCAAAUGUCAGAUCAACUUUUUGUGGCUGUCGAGGUUAAAGUUUAAGGAACAGAGAGUGGAGGGAUUUUGACCUAUUAUUUGGUACAGUCUUGAUUAUAAUAAGUAAGUUAAAGAUAAAUACAUAAAGUGUUCAGUACACCACUGUACGACAGGAAGGAUUUCAGCACCAUUUUGCCCCAGGUGUGCUUCACUGUAGAUAUUAGUUAGUUUUCUUACCUACUUGCUGUGUGGUAUGUUUCUCUCUGUAGAAUCAUACUGUACUGCCAGGACGCUGCCAGUAGAGGUAGUGUUUUUCUGUAAUGAAAGUGAUUCAGUGGAUGCCAAUAAACUGGAACCAUUUGAACAAA